ACUGGGUGUUGGUGGCCGUGAGCAGGAAUCGAACUCGGGUCGCCGGGUUUGCGGAGCGGCGUAGCGCUGACGGCUUGCACCACUGCUCCCUCACCACCACCACCACCACUUGUCAGACGAAUCCAAAGCAAACAACACGACCAGUGCUCGCAUUUCACGCUGGGGUUAAUCACCAGCGUCGUGACCCCCGUGGUAGGGGUCCCGUGGUGCGGGUCACGUGGUGGGGGUCCCGUGGACACCCCACAAUGGGGGUCUGGGCUGUCGCGGCUUCCUCUGGCGUGCCGAGAUAAUUAGUCGCAUCAGUUUGGCACGCGUCCAUCACGGCUGCUCUAAGGGACCCCGCGUGAACUUUUAGACUCGAGUCAAUAAGCAGUCUCUCUCUCUCUCUAUGUGUCUCUAUAUAAACAGGCGGUGUGUGUAUAGAUAGAUAACUCACAAUUGUCUGUCCGUCAGUCAUACUCUGUAUCACCCAAACGGGAGUGACUGGCGAUGUCUCGUCUCUGGCUGCUACCGCUGCUGCUUCCACUGCUGGGCUCCCAAGCACUGGCAGCUGACGGUGCCGCGAAGUACUGCCCCGGGCAGUGCUGCUGCGAUUGCGAGGAUGACCAGGGCGGCUACGCCAAGAUGCCCAAGUCCGCCUUCACAGCCAAGCUGUCGAUGCCCAGACCUGCGUCAGGAAUUCCCAUAAAGUUCGACGUGAUGCUCACCAACAGCGGGAACCACUACGAUCCGAGCACGGGAAAGUUCACGUGCGUCUACCCGGGCACCUACUACUUCGUGAUGCACGUGUGCUUGUUCGGGGAGAGCGUGUACGCGCACCUGAAGAAAAACGGGCAGGUGAUGCACAAGUUCCACAGCGCUUGGGUGCCUGGCUGGCCUGGAGUGGCCCUGAGUGGUGGUGCCGUGCUGAGUCUCAAGGCGGGGAAUCAGGUCUGGUUGGAGGUGACGGGUACCUACAAUGGAAUCUUCGUGCGCAAUGAUAUAGACAGCUCCUUUUCUGGCUUUCUCCUGUCGCCCGAGUGAAUCAGACUCGAGAGCGCAACAAGGGGCGUUUGCAGGUAGAAUUAUGGUGCUAUGAAUCUAAAUGCAUACUUCUCUGAAGGCGAGCAUCAUUUAUCAAUUACUAUUUGAUUUUGGGAUGAAAAAAAAUAACCCUUUAUGAAUAAAUUUUUUAAUUUGAAUUAUUUAAAAAAGCUUCACGCUUUUCUGGCGUAAAAUUUAAGACAUAUUUUAUAACAGGGCAUAAAGUCUGCAUUCACGUCACAGACUUGUGGUACAACAUUCAAACAUGCUUUGAUAGUGUAUGCAGUAUCCUUGAAACUGAUUAGACUACACCAGAGAUCGGCUCCUUCGUGGCUUUGUUUCACCACCAGUGUUAGACUAGAGGCUGCCAAGAGGAGGACAGUACAAGGACAAUGCAAAACCUAAAAUGAUUAACAGCUCUGGUUAAGCAGUUAUAUAUAUGGGAUCUACUGGUGUAAGGAUAAAUCUUGACUUAAAGCUUUCGUGACUGCAGGAAUUCAUAUUCUUUGGGUCUUUCGGUAAAAAAAAUGACAAA